CUUUCACCCAUCUGAGGAGUUGGGUCUGGUUUAAAACAACUCUAGGAUACUAAACCACCAUGGAUGAUUAAAAAAAAGUACGCAAAGAGUAGAAACCACUCAAGUAGGUCCAAAGCAUGGAUAUCUUUGGAUCUCUAAAGGGACAGAAGUAAGAAAUGAAACGCAUUUGAUUUUGUCUAGAUGAGGUAGAGUGAAGGGGAGGGAAGGAGAGGGGGAGAGAGAGGAAGCUCCAGCCCACAAUUAGCAUCUAGGUAUCUCCAUGUCCUAUAAGAGCUGUCUGGAAUAUUUUGUUCACAUGCUUACAUGGUUACGUGGAUGAGUGAGAUUUGUUUUUAUAUGUCCUUGUUUUGAUUUGCUAGCUCUUUUGAUCCUCCCUUGUGGAUAUAAUACAAUUCCCAUCCGAUUUCACCAAAGGCUUCUCCACCUUUUUCUUGCCUCCUCCCCCUUCACAGCCUGUCAUGCUUACAUUAUUCUUGAGCUGCCUUUGUUGUUUUUCUAAGCAAUUGCCUGGUUGUUCAUGUGUGGGAAGGAGCCUGCUCAUAUCCGCCUAGUCUCCGAAUCUAUCACCACUUUUGCUUGGAUUUCUCCGAUGAUUGGACCUCCACGGCGACGUCAUCUUCUGGAAAGGAGUCUGAUGAGAGAGUUGGUUCUAGCCUUCUUUGGCCAUUUAAAGUGAUGUUAGAUGGAGGAGUGAAGGUUUGGUAGGGGGAAGAUGCUCGAUGAGCUGUGGAAACAGAGCUUGCAGGAAUGGGAACAAAACUGCAUGGCACUCAUAAUGUCUUCACCACCUUGCUAAAGAACAACCGUCAUGUAGUAACCUUUGAUCUGAGCACUCCAGAUAGUUGGGCCAGGUUCAGUAAUAUAUUGCUGAAGACAGGCGGCCAGACUGCUUUCAAUUACCUUCCAGAGUCCAUGGAUAGAUUGCAAAACAACAGAGAAUCUGUCAGAAAUACAAUGUUGAGGCAUGAAGAAAUAUUCAGACAGCAGGUGCAUGAUCUACAUCGGCUAUACAGAGUUCAGAAGAUGCUAAUGGCUGAGAUGAGAAGUAAGGAGGAGAAGCCCCAGUCCUCCACAAUUGUGACUUCCAGAGGGUUCACAGAUACAAGGACCAGAUUUUGGGGUAGUACAUCUACCUCAGAGAACAGUCAUUCUUCCCAUGUCAGUAAUACACUUCACUCCACUAAACAUCUAAACUCUGAGUACAGUUCCCUACAUCACUACAACACAAGGGCAGGCCCAAGUUCACGAGAACUAAGCAUAUGCUCAGAAGACCCUUUAAGAGCACCGAAGGACUUCGAUCUUGAACAGCCUGCAGAAGAGUACACCUCUACAGAAGUUAGACACAACCAAGAUCAGAUUACCAACUUGGGGAAGCAUCUGAAAGAAAAGAUGAACACAGAAAGCUCCAAUUCGUGGACCGAUGAUGAGAAUGAUGUGGAGCUGACACUUAGCAUAGGAUGUGGCAUAGGUAAGAAGAGAUCAAAACACUGGCUUAGCUUGAACAAUGAAAAGGGCUACUCUAAGCCAGCUCCAAGUGAUAUCAGGCCACUGCUUUUGUCCACCCCCGUCAGACCACAGAGAACAGAGGAAUGCAGCGACCACUCGACCAGCAGCUUUGACAGAGAAAGCUUGCAGAGACCCCCAUGGCUUCUCCAGGCUUUGAGUUUGAACAAGACAUAAACUUCAAAACAUGUACAAGUCUUUUGGGUAUAGGAAAUUGCUUAAGUUAUGCAGUUUCAACUUCAGUAUAUCACCACUCAUUCAAGCGGCAGCUGGCAUGCAGGAAUCAUGCUUCCUGAAAUCUAGUCUUCCCACCACUACAUCUUGUGUUCUUCAAGCUGCUGCAUUUAAGCUUCUGUUCUAUCAUUGGAUCAGUUUUUCUGGGAUUAAGAUUAAUUUUUAUUGGUGGGAAAACUUCAUUGGUUUGAUAAAAUAUUGAACAAAUCCCAAGUCUUAAUGGAGUUAGGAGUAAACUUGCUUCUCUUACAAUGCUUUUACAAAAUGUUCUCCUUUCUAGCAACAACCCCUUGAGAAUAAGUAUCAGAGGCUUAUCUCACAACCGGGACUCGCGAUCAAUAAAAAGGUCACCUCUGUUGUCUGUAAACACUGAGUUGAAACUUCUUUAUCUGUAAAUGCAAGCUAAUAUCUUUUCUCUGCA